CAGCGGCCGUUAAGUGACCGUUACGGUGACCGUUACAGCGGCCGUCGGUCGCGCGCGCGGCGCCUCGCCUCUCACCUUGGCCGCGCUCCGCCCCCGCGCCGCCGCGCUCGGCCGGCAGGUGGCGCCAGCCCUGUGCUGCCGGCAGGAGCCCGCCCGGCGAGCGCACACGGCCGGAGCCGCUGGCGGCGGCUGCUCGGGGCUCGCAGCUCCGCGACCCCCCAGCUGCGCGACCCGGUACAGAGCGGCGGCAGCCGCGCAGAGGAGAGGAGGAGGAGAAAGAGAGGGAAGAGAACGAGGAGGCAGCGCUCACGGUGCUCGCAGCCCCGGCCGGCGGCACUGCCCGGAGCCCCAGGUGUUUUAUUCCUCCCUCCACCCCACCUCGCCCCUUCAGGGUGGGUCUCAGCGGACCUGGCUGCGGAGCUGCAGAUGUCGGGGAUGCUGGUGAUCGCUGCCUGGUGCUUCCUGCAAGUGGAGAGCCGGCAUCCUGAAAUCAUCACAAGUAACAGCAAUCAUGGCAAUUUCCUGGACAAUGACAAAUGGCUGAGCACCGUUUCGCAGUAUGAUAGAGACAAGUACUGGAACAAAUUCCGGGAUGAUGAUUAUUUCAGAAACUGGAAUCCAAACAAGCCUUUUGAUCAAGCCCUUGAUCCAUCCAAAGAUCCAUGUUUGAAGGUGAAGUGCAGCCCACAUAAAGUGUGUGUCACUCAUGACUAUGAAACUGCUAUUUGUGUAAGUCGCAAGCAGCUGGUACACAGCCUUCGACAAAAGAAAGGAGCCUUGGCCCAGAAGCACUGGGCUGGACCAGCGAACAUAGUGAAAUGCAAACCCUGCCCCAUGGCACAUGGCAGCGCUGUCUGUGGGUCUGAUGGACACACAUAUACCUCCAAGUGCAAGUUGGAGUUUCAUGCAUGUACUUCUGGCAAAACCAUCACAGCUCGAUGUGAAGGGCCCUGCCCCUGCCUUCCAGGAGCUGAAAGUUCAAAACACAAGAUGGAGAAGACUGCUUGCACAGACAAAGAAUUGAGGAAUCUCGCUUCACGACUAAAAGACUGGUUCGGUGCUCUUCAUGAGGAUGCAAAUCGUGUCAUCAAACCAACAAGCUCGGAGACGGCACAAGGCAGAUUUGACACCAGCAUACUACCAAUCUGUAAGGAUUCCUUAGGCUGGAUGUUCAACAAACUUGAUAUGAACUAUGACCUGCUGCUGGAUCCCUCGGAGAUCAGCGCCAUUUAUCUGGAUAAGUACGAGCCGUGCGUCAAGCCUCUCUUCAACUCUUGUGACUCCUUCAAAGACGGAAAGCUUUCCAACAAUGAGUGGUGCUACUGCUUCCAGAAGCCAGGCGGUCUUCCUUGCCAGAAUGAAAUGAAUAGAAUUCAAAAGCUAAGUAGAGGGAAGAGUCUGUUGGGUGCUUUCAUCCCACGGUGCAAUGAAGAAGGUUAUUACAAAGCCACGCAGUGCCAUGGCAGCACAGGGCAGUGCUGGUGUGUUGAUAAGUAUGGGAAUGAGAUAGCCGGCUCAAGAAAGCAAGGGACAGUGACUUGUGAAGAAGAGCAAGAAACCUCAGGGGAUUUUGGCAGUGGUGGAUCUGUUGUAUUGUUGGAUGAUUUGGAAGAGGAACCUGAAGCAGCAAAAAAAGACAAAGAAGGGAAACUGAAGAUUCAUGUAAGAGCAGCUAAUGAAGAUGAUGAAGAUGAAGAUGAUGAUAAGGAUGAUGAAAUUGGUUAUAUAUGGUAGUGCCCAUCAUAAUGAGGACUCGCAUUUUGCACAAUAUUGCAAGUCACAUCAUAACUCUGCAAUUGUAUCUGAAAGUUACUGGCACAAAUAUUCCCUCUCUACUGAGUUUAAUUUUGUAUAGUCUAUUUAAUUUCAAAGUCUUUUUUUUUUUCCCCUCCCAGCAAAGACUGUUCGGAAUACAGCUUUUGUUCAGUUGGUUUGGAGAUUUUUGUUCUAUCCACAGGAGCAAUGAGUUUUGUUUCAGAAACAUUUCAUGUCUUAAUCCUCACUUGCACAGUUUAUGAAAUACAUCCUGUGAAAGAAGAAACACAGCUCAACAAACCAGUACAAGGCUUGGAAGCCUUUCUCACAUUAGAGAAUUUGUGUCAUAAAUUGUUACCUGGAUCAUAUCAGAAACAGUUAUUUUUUCCUUCAUGAAGAAGGAAAAGUAGGUGCCUCAUUUUCUAGUCCACAUUUUUUAUGUUCUAUUAAGGAGGUAGGUCUUAUUGGAUAGUGACUCCUGGCUGCCAAGCACCAGGGGUUUAAUCCAGGAAGAAACCCACUGGUAGCGUUUUAAUUUCCUUACAUUCUCUGAGAAUGAGUCCAAUAGGCUUAGCCAAGCCCACACUGAAGGCAAAGCUCCCACCAGAGUGUAGAUCGGCUCUCUGACACUCUUUAUUUCACAGUAUCACAGUAUGUUUGGGAUUGGAAGGGACCUCAAAAGAUCAUCCAGUCCAAUCCCCCUGCUGGAGCAGGAACGCCCAGGUGAGGUCGCACAGGAACAUGUCCAGGCGGGUUUUGAAUGUCUCCAGAGAAGGAGACUCCACAACCUCCCUGGGCAGCCUGUUCCAGUGUCUGUCACCCUCACUGAGAAGAAGUUUUUUCUCAAAUUUAAGCGGAACAUGGCCUUGACCUUAAGAGAUGAUGAUGGUUAAGGAACAUGGCCUUGACCUUAAGAGAUGAUGAGAACCUGCACAGCUAUCAUGGACCAAGCCCUACAGGCAGGGAACUGAGUCCAUCUGCCUUUCAAACUGUUUAAGGGCAGAGUGUUUUGUGACUUUGUAGCAUCAGAACCACAUCCAUAGCUGCUCCUCAGCUCCUGUCUGAACUCAUUUGCAGUAAGAGCUGCACUAACGUUGCAUGGGCGGCCUCUGCUUCCUGCUCACUCACUAUGGAUCUGCCUGCUUUUCAUUUACUCUUAGCCAUCUUUCAUUCCAAAGUUGUAAAGCUGUCAAAGACACUAACCGUCAAAAGUAGAAAGCUGUUGUUCCUUUAAUUUAAACAGCUAAUACUUACUUGGCCUGUUUAAAAAAGCAACUUUAGGUUGUCAUGUUUCAAAAGCGUAACUCCUUUGCUCAGUGUGACAAGCUGCACACUUGUAAUACUCACACAUAAAAGAGAAUAGUACUAAAAUACAAUCUGUGAUUCCCUCAGCAUCUCCCACAUAUUCGUAGCUCUUCACUUGUAUCACAGCAUAUUGUCAUAAAAUUAUUUGCUGUGUCCUUUACCAUUGCAGUUCUCUGAUGCAGGAAUGUACUGUGGGUGACCUUUUAUUAUUUUACUGUUUUCAGAAAAAGAGGUACCUUAACCCCACUCUUGCAUUAGGAGGCAGAUAUGAGUUUUGAGGUUUUGUUGAUCUUUUUUUGCCUGUGAGUUACUUUGCAGAAUGAAAAAUUUGCAUAUUACCCAGAAAACUAAUGAGACCCUUUCUUUUUCUUCCUCUGAGUUAGUGCUGAGUAUAGAGGUAGAGACAGUAUGGAGUCAAAACACAGCUGGUUACAUAUUCGCUUGAAAGCAGGAAAAUACCAUGCUGGUUGGCAGAAGUCAAUGUUUUAGGCGUGCUGGCCCAAGGGCUGUGGUCCUCAGCCCUCGCCAAAGCCAGUGGCCACUGCAGCCCCUCUGUGAAGGGCCUUUGCUUUCAGACACCAUGCAUUGCAGGUGCUCAGUUGCUUUCUCCUCUUGCAUUUCCUAUCCAUCUAGAUCAAUGACCUGAGAACAAAGAACAAGCCUGUGUAAUUGUUAUUAAUGCAGAAAGAUGUCCAAAAUCAUGAGGAAUCCAUUGUGUGUAGUUUUGUGUCCCAGCAUCCUCCCAAAAAUCUGCUAUCAUAGUUAUGUGCAAAAGGCCUGCAGUCCGCCCUGUCUCAAAUCCCUUUGGUUUUCCUAUAAUUUUUGAAAAUUUAUUUAAAAAUCACUGUCCAUGAGCUUGCCUUUCGUAGAAAAUCAAAACUGACUUGAAAGAGGAACAGAUAAAAAUCAGCACUUCUGUUUCCCUUAAUAGUAUGAUUUUUUUUGUGAGGAGCAACUGAACACCAUCAGUAGCUUGCUUCUCAAACAUCAUGGCUGGUUUCCUUCUGGUAUUUUAUUGAUUAAACCCACAUUCUCUGAUUCUAGCUCUGCUGUCCUGUACAGGACUUGCUUAAAGCACCAAGUUGCCAUUUCCCUCUGACAGAAAACUGAGCUCCACAACAAGUAGAGUUAUGCUUAUCCUCUUGGACUUACUCUCCUCACACAACUAGAUUUUCUUUUCCUGCAAUCCUUUUUCCCUUUGCAAUGGCUUAUCCUGGAACUGCGCAUUGAUUCAAAGUACAUCCCACCCAGCGCCUCACCAGGGUGAAGCCCUUGCAGGCAGCUCCAGGGUCCAAGGUUACAGCCCUUCUGUGUCACAUGCAAACAUGUAAGAUGGUUAAACAAAAGCUGUUAAAUAAGCCUUGAAAAGUGAAUGUGGACAUCCUUCACCUCACACGAGCAGAUGUACCACAACCAUCCAUUCCUCAGUACCACUAAGCCUCUCUUCACUGUAAUAUCUCACAUGCAACUAUUUCAAAUCAGAGCUGGCAGGUUCUAUAUCUUAAACUAUAAAACAAUUACCAUCUUCCCAGACCUACCAACUUGAGUAUGCUGUGGGUACCAGUCAGACUGGUCUGUGUCCAGCACAGCCAGGCAGGGGGGCAGAUGUCUUGCCUGGUUUGGUAGCACAUUUCCCUUAGCCCAGAAACAAACAUGCACACAAACACACACAGACACACACGAAAAAAAUGCCAUUUUUCUUGACUAGUUUGGUUGGGUAUGACUACAAGAUCAUUUGAAGAGUAAGAAAGAAGUGUCACAUCGCAAGGUGUCACAACCUGGUCAGGAGCAGGACAGAUGGGCCGUUGUGCUUGGAAGGGCAGCAUGGGUUGCUUUAAGAGCACAUUUCCAAACUGUACGAAACUCUUUAGCAAAACCCUUUUGUGAUCCACUGGCAUUCUCCGGUGCCUGGUGGAAUAUGCAGCCUAUAUAUACACGUGUGUGUCUGUAUGUAUACAUUUAUACACAUAUACGUACCUGUGUGUCUGUCCAAUUUGGCAAGAUGCAGGAAGAAAAUGUUUUACUUUUUUAAAAGAAACUAGCAAUUCUACCAAGACCCCAUGCUCUUCCAGAUCAAGCCCCUUCCAUUCUUCAUGCAUGUAAAAGGAUUUAAUUUGCUUCUAGCUUAAUUUAAUUCCUUUUCUUUCCUUUUUUUUAAUCAAGCAGGACUUUGCAUCUGCAUCAAGUCAUUUUCUCAUUACGAAAAAUGGAAUCAGAGUUGUCACAUUUUUUUUUAGAGACACAAACCAAUUUUUAAUCUCAUUUUCUUUUCAUAUUAGAGACUAUGAAAUACUGUUAGGCGUUGCUUUAUGUUUCAAGGUGUCCUUUUAACUACUGUGGUUAAAUCAAAAUCUCCUUGAGUUCAAAUUUCAGCACAGUUGGGUUUUUUGGGUCAUUACUGGCCUUUGCUGUGAACACAAGGAAUCUUCUUUUUCUUUGCCUUUUUUUAAGCUAUUCUGUACUGUUAUUUUAAACCAUUUGAAGUGUUUAUUUAAUAUUUAUUCUACAGUUUAUAUUGAAAAUGUAAAGUUUAUAUUUAAAACAACACUGUUUGUUAGUGAAUGCUUCUCUUUGCCUCUGCAGCCUAGUCUGUUAGUCUCAGUGUACAUUUCUGGCAUGGGAAUAUUUUGAUAUUAGAAGUUUUGUAGCAUUUUUCCCUUCAAGCAGCAAAUGACAUAGAUCUAAGGUCGCCACUUGAUACAGACCACCAGAUCGCUCAAGCUUUGCUUCUUACAUUUGUUGGCUUUUAUUGCAGUCCCUUCUGUAUGCCAUUCAGGUUCCUUUAAUACAUAGACUGCUCUGUACAGUUACUAUACAUCAAAAGGCCCUUUCUACAGUAGGUGGGUUUUGGUCUUUUUAUACUUUUCUCAAUGCUGUUGAUGUCCGUUACUGUUAAAUGUGUAGAUCUGUAAGGAGCAAUCCAAAUAUUACGUGUUUCAGUUUGAUGUCCCUACUGUAGAUGGAUGUAGACUCUCAUAGUAAGUAGAAUUGCAUAGUAAAUUCCGAAUGCUUUUUCCAUAAGGAGUUAAGUGGAAUGUGAGCAUUUUGCUAUCUUUGGUUAACUGUAAAUGCUUAACUGUAGUCUGAAAUAGUUGCAUUUUUGUCUGUCUCAAUAAAUUUUAAUUUGUCUGUGA